AUGGAACCGGUCAGCUUCGGCCAGUUGGAGAACAUGUUCACCACAUUGGAAGAUGGCAGAGUAUCCAAAGAGCUUGUUGAUCUACAUCUAAAGUUACUGCGUCGUUCCAUUGUCAAGACUGUUAGUAAUGAUAGCUUUGAGAAAUGUCUUCUCAAAUAUCUCAACAGUACCGGAUUACUGUCGUCCGAGAAAAGACAACUCGAAACGUACGGUUAUGUCCACAUGUCUAUUCUGAGUAAGCUGAAAAUCUUGAGGACCCUGUGUGAGCUCCAACUGGACCACAAUCUGAGACUCAGAGAAAGUAUACCAACAGCUCUCCGUGCUAUGGAUAUGAGGGACAUGGUUACCGGAGUUGACAAAAAUGGUUUGGCAUAUUACUGUCAAAUUGAUUCGAAGUACGGCCUUCGUCUCUAUACUACUGAGCAGGAUGACGAAAGUGGAUAUUCUUGGACUCUGGUUGCUCGGUAA